AUGGCUUUGAACCGUGAAACCACUCAGAGUAUUCGGGUUGCUCGUCGGGGUGGAAAGAUUGCUCUGGAGGAAGCAGUCGGAAGCCCCCUCUUCGCUGCACACCAAAAUUACCCGCCUCGUCCGGUUAUCAAAGGCCUGCAGGGCCUGCCAUUUAGUCCUGAAUUCCUUGCCGACGUUGAGUCCAGAUUGGACGAUGUGAACCUACGACUGGAAUCAAUGGAUCGGUGUGGUAUCCAAUAUGCCAUUCUAAGCCUGACUUCACCUGGAAUUGAGGGUGUCAGUGAUACCGCAACCGCUAUCCGUUUUGCCAAAGAGACGAACGAUGCAAUCCAUCAGAAAUACGUCGCAUCGCAUCCUUCCCGCUUCGGUUUCUUUGCAUGUGUGGCAAUGCAUGACCCAGAAGAAGCUGCCAAGGAGCUUGAAAGGGCCGUGACAGAAUUGGGCGCCAAAGGAGUCUUGAUUAACGGGUUCACAAACCUCGAUGACCGUGAUGAAAAGCUACGAUACCUUGAUGCGCCUGAAUGUGAACCAUUCUGGGCAAUGCUGCACCGUCUCCAAGUUCCUCUAUACCUGCACCCUCGACUUCCCCCAACACACCAACAAGUGCUUUAUGGCCAGUAUCCAAACUUGGUGUCGGCGUCAUACGGCUUUGGGGUGGAAUGCGCUGGUCAUGCUCUCAGAAUAAUGUGCUCAGGUAUCCUGGACAGAUAUCCCGUGAACAUUAUUUUAGGUCACUGUGCUGAGGCGCUUCCAUUCCUUAUUCAUCGCGCUGAUCAGCGAAUGCUUAUUGGAACACCUGGAAGCAAUGGCAAACACACAAAGACUCUCAUGCACUAUUUCCAAACUCAUUUCUAUGCUACAUUAGCUGGUGUUCGUCGCCACAGUACGUUGAAAAACACAAUUGAAGAACUCGGAGAGUCACGUGUGAUGUUCAGUGUUGAUUAUCCCUAUGAAAGCAAUGAGGAUGCCGCAGACUGGUUUGAUUCGCUUGAAAUCAACGAAAACUCCAGGGCUGUCAUCUCUCACCAAAAUGCUAUACGGCUUUUUGGACUUAACGAUGUGCGGAACAAAGUACCUUCUCGAAAUCUGGGUAACCUUUAG